AUGGAACCCCCAAGAGCUUCAGAUGUAGCAUGUACAGUCAGAGACUUUGUUGUCCAGAGAGCGCCCCAGUACCAUGAAGCAUUUGCAGUGGAAUCGACUUACGACAGCCAACGAGGUGUCUUCGUUGCGCGGCAGCCUUAUAACGACCUGGAAGAUGCACUAACGUCCUACAUUAAAACAUGGGACAUCAAAUGGGACGUUAAAUCUUGCACUUGGGACGACGUAUUCGAUGAGCUGCAGGCGGCGGAGGAUGAGUAUAAACGCAGGGGAAAGGGAGGUCAACCUGCCCAUCUGGUGCGCGGAGCGUUGCGGCGAACAGGCAACAAUGCUGCUGAUAUUACGCCAUGGCUUGACAUUAUUCCAGGCGAAUUUGGGUUGUCCAUACUGAGCGCGGGCUUGAAGCUGGUGUUUAGCGUACGUGGUCCUUUUCCUCGAACUGAAGCAGAGAUGGCAGCAUUGUUUAACACCGAGGCUCAGAUCGCAAAACAACAAGCAGAAACUCGUGAAAUGAUUCUCGAGGCCUUUCGAUCUAUCCCAGACAUAAUCGCGGGCACAGAAGCGAAGCGGUGCCAGUUCAAACGAUAUUCACCACUGAGGGACUGUGCGGUCAACCUGUAUGUGAAGAUCAUAGAAACGAUCCAGCAGUUAAUCGCCAAGUUGAACACAAGUCAUACGGGACAUAUGGGACUCCAAAUCCUGGGAUACUCUCGGAAGAUACUCAGGCCUACAAUUCGAGCUGAGGAAAUCCACGGUAUAUUGAACGAUAUGCAGGGCGAAGUGCAGCGAUUCCAGACCUGCCUCGACAACAUUCGGGACGGUAUCGCCAUCGAGACUAAUACUAAGAUGAGCGAAGCUCUCAUGCAGACCAAGGCUGUGCGAGAGACAGUAUCUCACACUAGAACGGACGUCACGUACAUUCGUCGUCAUUUGGACGACGUCGAGCGCAAGGUGCAGGACACCCAUGUGGAGAGAGAAGAAAUGCGCCGCGAACUCCAGCGCAUAGCAGACGGGAUCGAUGCUCAAAACAGUUUUCUCCAUGCCCUCAUAGAUGAGAAAUGCCAGCAAAUGGAGAACCUCUCGCUCACCAACUGUUUUCCUUUCUCAAACCGCGUACAGCCAUGCCCAGGGAUGCAGAAUCACCCUGACACAGCAUCUUUCCUCUCCGGGGAACAAUUACUACAAGCACUAAAUGUGUACCACAUGGGGCCAGUCAACGAUUUGAAGGACAUUCUUCGAUCCGAGGCGUCCUUCAACGACACUGCACAGAUCCAAGCUCAACAGCUGCUGUCAUCAACCAGGUUCCAUGAAUGGCUCUCGUCCUCAAACCCCGAUCUGCUGCUGGUUAACGGAAACUAUGAUGAUCACGCUAGAACAUCUCCAUUGUCUUGUCUCAGUGCCCACCUGGCCAUAAUCCUAUCCCAAAAGUGGAAUUCCACGGUGAUCCACUUCUUCUGUGGCCAGCACGACUCCCGCAUAAGCCCAGUGGUUGGCCCUCGUGGCCUCCUACGAAGCCUGAUCACCCAACUUCUACACACAGACCAUUCAUUCAACUUCAAUUUCAUCGAUACCCGGCCCUUCGCGAACGGCAUCAAACAGCAUGAGAUCCGGGAUUUGUGCUGGACCCUCGGGCAACUUAUCAGGCAGCUUCCACGUGGCCAAGGAGUCCUCUGUCUAAUCGAGAACAUCGGCUGUUUCGAGCGGGAGGAGUGGUUCUCUGAUCUGCGUGAUGUGGUCGAGCUGCUCUAUCGGACUACAGCAGAUCCCUAUCUAUGGCCGAACCUCAAAGUGCUUAUCACCAACGCCACAGCAAGGACCCGCAUCGAGCGCGAACUUCCCCGAGAGAUGCUACUCUCACUCUCGCGAGACAACCCCUACAGCCGCCGCGUGAUUACCGAAAGAACAAUGCUCAGUGAUUUGCAGCCCCGGAGGCGAAAUGAUUACCAGGAGAGGAUGCAGACGAUGGGAGUUUAUAAUGAUGAUUCCGAUGAGGGCUUUUAA